GAGGAGGUGGAGGCCCACACGGAGGGAGGGCGGGAGGAGGUGAGGAAGGAGAGAAGGGAGCGGAGAGGCAGGAACCGGGAAGGCAGAGAGGCAGGAGGAGGAGAGACAUGCAGGAUGGAGACCUGGAGUUAGGUGGCUUGAGAGAGCUGGAUGAAAAGAGGACGGAGAGGGGGCUGAGGGUCAGACACCCAGAGGUGGCCCUGGGGGGGAGCAGAAGGCAGGGAGGGAAGUAGGAAGACCGGGAGCCAGAGGGAGGCUGGAAGGGUGUGGGAAGAGAGGGGAGGAAAGGCACUGAGAGGGGGAGAGGAGAGAGGAGGGGUCUCGGUCCCUGGCUGCCCCAGCACUUGGGGACCUGGGACUCCCGAGGGGAGGAGAGGAAGACUGGAAGUCCUGGAGGGACAGGGUCCCAGAACGAGGGGAAGCAGGAGCUGGGGGGGGGCAGGGCACUGGGAAGGGGUCCCUCGGAGGCCUCCUGGGGAUGGGGGCUGCAGCUCGUCUGAGCGCCCCUCGAGCGCUGGUACUCUGGGCCGCACUGGGGGCGGCAGCUCACAUCGGACCAGCCCCUGACCCCGAGGACUGGUGGAGCUACAAGGAUAAUCUCCAGGGAAACUUCGUGCCAGGGCCUCCUUUCUGGGGCCUGGUGAAUGCAGCCUGGAGCCUGUGUGCGGUGGGGAAGCGGCAGAGCCCCGUGGAUGUGGAGCUGAAGAGGGUCCUGUAUGACCCCUUUCUUCCCCCAUUAAGGCUCAGCACUGGAGGAGAGAAGCUCCGGGGAACCCUGUACAACACCGGCCGCCACGUCUCCUUCCUGCCUGCACCCCGCCCAGUGGUCAAUGUGUCUGGGGGUCCCCUCCUCUAUAGCCACCGACUCAGUGAACUGCGGCUGCUAUUUGGAGCGCGCGAUGGAGCUGGCUCUGAACACCAGAUCAACCACCAGGGUUUCUCUGCUGAGGUUCAGCUCAUUCACUUCAACCAGGAACUCUACGGGAAUCUCAGCGCUGCCUCCCGGGGCCCCAAUGGCCUGGCCAUUCUCAGCCUCUUUGUCAAUGUGGCCAGUAGCUCAAACCCAUUCCUCAGUCGCCUCCUUAACCGUGACACCAUCACCCGCAUCUCCUACAAGAAUGAUGCCUACUUUCUCCAAGACCUGAGCCUGGAGCUCCUGUUCCCCGAAUCCUUUGGCUUCAUCACCUAUCAGGGCUCUCUCAGCACCCCACCCUGCUCGGAGACUGUCACCUGGAUCCUUAUUGAUCGGGCCCUCAAUAUCACCUCCCUCCAGAUGCACUCCCUGAGACUCCUGAGCCAGAAUCCUCCGUCCCAGAUCUUCCAGAGCCUCAGCGGGAACGGCCGGCCCCUGCAGCCCUUGGCCCACAGGGCACUGAGGGGCAACAGGGACCCCCGGCACCCCGAGAGGCGCUGCCGAGGCCCCAACUACCGCCUGCAUGUGGAUGGUGUCCCUCAUGGUCGCUGAGACGCCCCAUCGAGGAUUGCGCCCGCCCGUCCUAAGCCUCCCCACGAGGGGAGGGGAGUCACCCCCAAAACAAAGCUAUUAAAGGGACAGAAUACUUCCGGUU